AUGAUGGGAGACGAUAUCGAGUUGACCGGUGUGGCCAGGUCUGCCCAUGCCCGCGUCAAGACCAAAACCUUCGACACGGAACAGGCCGGGUCAUCGGGGAAAGACCAUGGCUAUUACUAUCGUAGGCCGCGCUUGGAGCGCUACCUCAGCACCCUGUCCACCGUCGCCUUUUCCGUCACCACGUUGGUGUCCUGGGAAGGGCUUGCUGCGAGUCUAGCAGGGACACUCGUCAAUGGCGGCCCGGUGUCUGUGGUGUACGGCAUGAUGCUUGCGUCGGUGGGUGCGCUCGCUGUCGCGGCAUCCUUGGGAGAGCUGGCUUCUAUCAAUCCAACGGCCGGCGCGCAGUACCACUGGACCUUUGAACUGGCCCCGGUAGCGCCUCGUUUUCUCAGUUUCAUACAGGGGUGGAUCACGGUCUUCGCGUGGAUUGCGACAACCGUUUCUAUCCCUUUCCUGAUCGGGAGUAUCAUCGAGAUGCUGGUAGCCAUGCACCAUCCCACGUACGUGCCCCAGCAGUGGCACGGUAUGCUGUUUAUGUGGGCCAUCCUGGUCAUUCCCAUCUCGGUCAAUGUCUUUGCUCGCAAGCUGCUGCCGACCUUUGAGGUCUUCGGUGGCACAUUGCAUAUCCUCGUCUUCCCGGCGAUGAUUAUCACUCUGGUUCUCCUGGCGCCUCGGAACACUUCGGAGCUUGCGUGGACCUACUUUUUUAGCGGUCUAACCGGCUGGGAGAAUCGAGGUGUGAUCUGGUCUGUUGGGAUGCUCAGCCAGAUUUCCACCAUGAAUGGCAUCGACAGCGUCCUCCACAUGAGUGAAGAGGUCGAAGACGCCAAGCGCGUCGUCCCCAGAGCCAUGAUCGCCGGUGUCAGCAUCAACGCCGUCCUAGCCAUCGCCUUCGCCAUCACCAUCGUCUACACCAUGGGCAACAUCGCGCCAAUUAUCCUCGCACAGUCUCCGUACCCGAUGCUGAACAUAUUCCUCAGCAUCACGAAAUCCAAACCGGCAACCAGCGCCAUUGGCCUCGCUGAUCCUCAUCACCGUCGGCGUGGCCGUCUUCAACAACCUCGCCUCGGCAACGCGUCUGACCUGGGCCUUCGCCAGAGACAACGGCCUUCCGUUUUCUCGCUUCUUCCGACGAGUCUCCCCCAAGCAUAG